GAAGGCAGCACCACCACCACCACCAGCACCUCCCCUGUGUCAGACAGUGACGUCACCUCCCUGAUAGACGGACAGCUGAAAGCUCCUGGCUCAGCGGGGUUGUUGACGUUUUGUUUUGACCGCUUUUGUCUGGAUUUUUGGACAUUAUCCGCAGAUUCAGAAGCCCGCCUUUCGACCCUGCCGUCACGCCUCAGUGCGGGGAUCCAGCAAAGAUGAAAUGGAUGUUUAAAGAGGACCAUUCCCUCGAGCACCGAUGUGUGGAGUCAGCCAAAAUACGCAACAAAUAUCCUGACAGAGUACCGGUGAUAGUGGAGAAGGUUUCUGGCUCUCAGAUAGUGGACAUAGAUAAGAGGAAGUACCUGGUGCCCUCUGAUAUCACAGUGGCCCAGUUCAUGUGGAUCAUCAGGAAACGCAUCCAGCUGCCUUCAGAGAAAGCCAUCUUCCUCUUCGUCGACAAAACGGUCCCCCAGUCCAGUCUGACGAUGGGCCAGCUGUACGACAAGGAGAAGGACGAGGACGGCUUUCUGUACGUGGCCUACAGCGGAGAAAACACCUUUGGUUACCAGGCCUUUUAUACAGCACAGGGUUAAUGCAUAACUGAUUACUAGUUUCUCUCUCACACGCGUGCGCACACACACACACACACACACACACAAAAACCCAAACACACCGACACAUUAGGGCUUAACAUAUACUGGUGCAUAGUGCUUCAGAAAUUGGCCUUUACAUGUGUUAUACAGGUAACGCACCUACACAUUUGGCACUCUCAUUUCUGAUCAGUUUUUGAUACUUAAAACUGCAAAUUUAUGAUGCGAGUAUGCUACAAUAAACAAACCUUUUUUUCCCCAGAGGCUUGGAUGAUGUUAAAAAAAUGCUUAACUUUGUCAUGAUCUCCGUUUUCAAGGCCAGUUAUUGAGAGAAUUAUCUUUAACACUGCCGUGAAUCUGAAUAACAGUCAUGUACAUUAUAGCCUCUUCAGAUACCAUUCAUCGUCCUGGCACUGUUAAUAAAAACACACACACAGACACACAUAUGCACAAACCAAUCAUUAUGUGACCCAAUCAAGCUCCAUUUUAUCUGUUGUCACAGAUAUUUAUGUUCAGCGGAAGUGAGAAAGAGACGCAGUAAUCCUGUGACUAGAAUAUUUACCCGCAUUCUUUGUAUUGCUCAUCAUAUCAUGUAUGAAAUGUUCACCACAAGUCAAAAGAUACUCUGUAGAAAGAUAGGCUUGAAGGCUGAUCAUAAGCACGUGAAUGACGGCAGCUGAAUGUUGAAAAUGGCUGUUAGCCGGCGCCACUCCUCGGGAUGUUACCGAGUCCGCCCCAGCCCCACGGUUAGUUUCUCUGCACAGGAUGUUGUGCUGGAUAAACAUGAAUUCAUUGAACUGCUUCAAAAAAUCCAACACUUUACUUGAAGUUUUAAAAUACCGUCAAAAAAAAAAAACAUUUAACAUAUAAACAAAAUACAAUUAAUGACAAAACAACUUUAUAAUUAAUAAAACCUUAACGAAUAGUUCCUGAUUUUAGAGACAGAAAUCGUUAUUUAUUAUUAUUUAUUCACUGAACUUUUAAAAAUUUAACAUUUCUGUUCGAACCCAUUAAGUUCUGAAAUGUUCAGGCGGAGUUAUUCUAUGAAUAUUACACUCACAGCAUUAUAAAAUACUCCAACAGUCUUCUGAUUCCCCCUGAUUCAUAAUAACCUGUGAAUGAGUUUAGCUAAUUAUAAAUGAUGUAAUGGUACAAGUCAAACCGCUCUUGCAGUGUGAGCAACUCAGCUAUGCAGUGUUUAUUUAGCACUGGGAGUUUCAUGUUCCUGCCAACUUUGUUGUCAUUACUCACUCAUUUUUGCAUAUAUGCUGGUCUGUAAGUCACCGUGCAACAUGGAUGACAGGAGUGUCGCGUUACCGUCUCAGCCAGCGUGCGCAACCACGAGCGGCAGGGAGGCGACUGCAGUUCACAGCUGUGGGUGAACUUAUCUCUUUUUUCUUUUUCUAAUCCAAUAUUUAAAAUUUUAGCAUUCAGUGUUUUAUUUUUGCUACCUGUGUCUUGGGGUGCAGUCGAGUCCUUGUGUGACAUUUAAUUAAAAAGUAAAGCUAUUUGAAUUGUAUUAAACUCGUAUGAAAGUUGAUGUUUAAAUCCUGUUUAACAUUUAAUUAUGGGCUCAUUAACCAGAAUAAUAAAGAGCUCGCUAUUUAUUUGCGAUUUUUAUUUCUGGGAAAACUCGUUCCUCAUGAAAUGUGACUGGGAAUUGAAGUUUCACAGACCUGCAAUUAAAUUGUUUUGCGCGAGUCCUGCUGUGUCUUUUGUGUUAUUAAUGAGCUGUGAUAACUGGGAUUUACUGCUCAGUGCAUUGCACCAUUUCACUUUAGGGAGCUCCAAAAAUGGACAGUAAAGAGCCGAAAGGAUGAGAUCUUCAUUUAAACGGAACUUCUUGGCUACUCACAAAACACACUUAAAACCAGGGCUGGAGGAUGUAUUCUGGUCUUUACUUAAAUAAAAGUAAUUUAGUAAAACUAUAUUUGUAGAGGCAGAGAUUAAAAAAAAAAAAAACAGCAUUACAAAACUGAAAAAUGUAACAGAAAAAAUCAGCAUAAAGUGAUUAAAAAAUUUGCAUUUCAUCAGAAUCUUUUCUGAAUGUGUAAUGAGAUUUAAAUAUGAUUUUUAAAACAACGGGAGAACCAUCGGGUUAAAAAACACGGAGGUCUCAUCUAUUUUUAGCUGUAUUUAGGCUUGCAAACAUGGCUGGAGCGAAACAUGCGUUUAGAAAUAAUGCGCCGUGCUUUGUCAUUAACUUCAAGUAAAGUGUUGUUUGGGUCUUUGGCUGCAAAGCAUUCACAGCCUUUUGAGCUCUCAGCUCUCAUGUUGCAUUCAAUAUGUCUUCAAGCUUGUAACUGAGACAAUAAACUUGUAUUUAAAAAGUUUAACAAAUUCAAAGACCAAUGUUUCUAUAGACCUCAUACACACAGAUUUAUGGCCGGAGGAGAUGCCUCCUGCUGGCAGGUUUAAGACUCGCACUGGCUUCAUUUUGCACACCUGAAAGUUACGCCUGUCCGUCCACUGCAGAACGUCUCUGGAUAAAGUAUCUGUGGCUGAACUUUUAGUUGCAGCUGUAGUUUCUGGUGCUGAUUUCCACCCAUCAUUUGACCUCGUUGCAGUUUUCAUGUCUGCGCUCCACAAAGCUGGUUCA